AUGGCGGCUGCGGCGCUCCUCCGCAGAACAGCCUCGUUUCACGGCGGCUCCGCCUGGGGCUUGCGACUGUGCUUGGCUCCGAGGCGCCGCCUCACGCACGAUGCAGGCCGUCCUGACGGUGACAACGCCAACGGUUCAGCCUGGACUGGCUUCUUGCUUGGCGAACGCGCGGUGUUGCGCGUGCGCGGGUCGGACUCCGCGUCCUUCCUCUCGGGGUUGCUGACCAAUGAGCUGCCGCUCCCGGGUCCCGGGUACGGGACGACCCCGCCCUCGUCGCGUGCGUGCUACGCCCACUUUCUCAACGUCCAGGGCCGGACGCUGUAUGACGUAAUCCUGUACCGGCUCCCCGAGGAUGGUGUGGAUUCGGCGGUUGGCUUCUUCCUUGAGUGUGACAUCUCAGUGGCAGACACGCUGCAGAAGCAUUUGAUGUUCUACCGGAUCCGGCGGAAGGUAGAAGUGGAGCUCUGCCAGGAGAUGGGAGCAUGGGCUAUGCUGCCUAGCACCCCUGGGGCCCACAGGGCCUUGCCCCUGCAGGAGAAGGCAGAGGGGGCCACAAUUCUAGCUGCUGACCCCAGGACGGCCUGUAUGGGUUGGCGGCUGCUCACUCUUAGGGAGAGCUCAGCUCUGCACCUGGUACCCGGAAGCCAGCGCGGGGACCUCAGGGACUAUCACAAGCACCGGUACCGGCAAGGCAUUCCAGAGGGGGUCCAAGACCUGCCCCCUGGAGUGGCUCUGCCUUUGGAGUCCAACCUGGCCUUCAUGAACGGAGUUAGCUUCACCAAAGGCUGCUAUAUUGGCCAGGAACUGACUGCCCGCACUCACCACAUGGGCGUCAUCCGCAAGCGCCUGUUCCCUAUACACCUGUGCGGCCCACUCCCUGCGGACGGCAUUGCAUCUGGCACCUCUGUCCUCACCGAGGCAGGAAAGGUUGCUGGAAAGUUCAGGGCCAGUGAGGGUGAUGUGGGGCUGGCUCUGCUACACACUGACACAAUCAAGGGUCCUCUCUACAUCAAGACUUCUGAAAAUGGUCAUGUGGCCUUAACUGCUUCUGUGCCGGACUGGUGGCCCAAAGCUACCAAGUAA